AAUGAAAGCAAAGAAAAACAUUCUCAUCGGAUGUACGGGCAGUGUGGCAACGAUUAAGCUACCCCUGCUGGUGGAAAAAUUACACCAGCUGUCCGGCUUUGAGCUGGAACUGCACGUAAUAGUAACCGAACAUGCCAGACAUUUCUUCUCACCGGAUGAACUUCCCGCUACGGUCACCCUGCACACCGACGAAGAGGAAUGGACCUGCUGGCAAAAGCGUGGCGACCCGGUGCUGCACAUCGAACUUGGUAAAUGGGCCGAUUUGCUCGUGAUUGCACCACUCGAUGCUAACAGUCUCGCCAAAAUGGCUAACGGACUGUGCGACAAUCUGCUCCUCUGUACGACUCGUGCCUGGGAUCCGGUCAAACCCUUACUGUUCUGUCCGGCCAUGAACACACGCAUGUGGGAACAUCCAAUUACCGCAUCGCAGAUAGCGACACUAAAAUCUUGGGGCCACCGGGAGAUACCCUGUAUCGCGAAAACGCUCAUGUGCGGUGAUACGGGAUUGGGAGCGAUGGCUGAGGUGGAUACGAUCGUCGAUACGAUCCGUGAAACGUUAUUAGCACAGAGAUGAU